AUGCCAUCCUCAGCGCAAGCACACGAAUUCCUCUCCACGAAGCCAGAGUUCUCGGGGCAACCAUCCCUAAACAGCCAUGUGACCCAACAAGAACCGCACCGGCACCAUGCUGUGGACGUCGAAUGUCGGAAGUCGGCGUGGGUCUGUGUGCUCGGGUCAUUCCUAUUUCUGAUGCCUUCUUUCGGGUUCAUGCAAUCUUCCGGAGCAGUCCAGUCAUUUCUCUUAGAGAACCAACUGAUAGAUUAUUCUGCCCGUGAUGUUGGCUGGAUUACAGGAGUCUACAGCUUUCUCACGAUGCUUCUCGGUAUCCAGGCAGGACCGCUGAUCGACGUUUACGGCCCAAAAUUUCUUGGACCACUCGCGACAGGACUACUCGUUCUGAUGUUCUUUGUCCUCGCCGAAUGCGCAAAGAUUUGGCAGUUCAUCCUCUGCCUAGGUGUUCUGGGAGGCAUUGGUAAUGCUAUUGCUACAACUGUAGGCAUUGCUGUAAUUGGGAAACUCUUCAAUCGUCGUAAGGGGCUAGCACUCGGUAUCGCUCUGUCUGGCUCUUCUACCGGUGGGAUGAUUUUCCCAUUGGUUCUAAGGCAGAUAUUCCCUCUAUGGGGGUGGGCAUGGUCUAUGAGAGCAGUGGGAUUCCUGACUGUCCUUAUACUGAGCUCAGGCAUUGCCUGCCUCCUUCCUUUCGAGAGGUUGCAUGCUAUGAUAGCUUCCGAUAGAGUGUCUACCCAAAGGAGUAGGAAAAGGGCUGUUAUGGGCUUUUCUGCCUUCCAUUCAUUACCUUUCUCGCUCAUCUGCGGCGCCAUAGCGCUUCUCGAGUUCGUCAUCUUUGGUGCAACUGCAAUUCUUCCAACCUUGGUGGCUUUAUCGGGACUUCCUAUAGAGCAUGGAUUCAACAUGCUAGCUAUCCUGAACGGCGUUUCGUCUCUUGGGCGUAUUCUUCCUGGCUUGGUAGGUGAUCGCCUGGGACAUUACAACAUCCUCCUGGUCAUGAUUGUUUUCACGAUCAUCUGCACCGCUGCAACGCUUACUGCGUUUGGGUCGACUCGAAUCGAAGCCUUGUAUGCUUUCUCGGCUUUAUGGGGGUUUGGCACCGGAUCAUUCUUGUCACUUGCGCCUGCCUGUGUGGCGAAGACUUGUGAGCUGAAAGACUAUGGAAGAUACUAUGGGACAAUGAACUUUGUCAUAAGCUUCUCGCUUCUCUUAACAGUGCCAAUCGGCGGUCAAAUGCUGCAGUCUCUUGGGCCGACUGCCUUAUCGGGACUUUAUCUUGCUGUCGUAUUUGCCGGAGGCUUAUUAGUCUAUGCAGGCCGGUCCGUGGUAGUAGGUUCUUGGACUAACUUCAGAGAAAGGAUGUAG